AUGGUUUACCCAACCGAUCACAGGAUAGCCGCGAAAUCGAAAUACAAUGGAAUCAAAAGAUCUUCGAAAACAAGGCCAAGGCUAGUUCAGUCUCAACCUGUCGACGCCGAAGAGUUGACGAGAAGGCUGUUUGUUGUGCUUGCAGAGCAAAAGGCACACUCGGAAAGAAAGCGGCGAGCCCGGGCUGAGGCUGGACAACUGGCUGCAUCUUUGCCUUCUUGCAAGCAGCAUGAGAGCAAAGAUAUUACGCCACCAGCAGGUAAACAUGGCGACAAAUUGGACUCCUCACCGAGACCAAAGUCUGAGACAAAGUCAGCACAACAAGUUGAAUCGCCACCAAAAGACAAGUUAUACCGGCCAAGUUCCAAAAAGUCGAACAGCUCAAGCAAAAAAGGUGGUGAGGAGGAACAAAAGCAUUCGCCUAGUUACCGUCAUGUCCCUCAGGUUGCAGCCUCUCAAUUUACCUUAACUACAACGAUUGAACCCCCCACCGAGAAGGGUCCAGUACACAAGUUGUCCAAAGUCGCCGUGAAAUUUCAUCUCGACGGCCCGAAUGGUAGUCGAGAAAUGAGAACAAAAACCCCUACAGCCCCGCCCUGCGAACAAGCUAAGGCGCUGAGGAGAACACAGAGCAUGCGGGAGCGGCAGUAUGAGCGAAAUCAAGCCUAUCAGCCCUUACCGCCGACUUUCGAAGCCGAUGAGUUUUCCCAUAAUUUGUUCAAUCGCAAUUCAUUUCAUACUAAUUCGAGGUCGAGAGAAGACCGGGAUCAAGUGAAGGAUUCCAGAAGGAGGAGCACCGGCAGCAUCUUAGGGCGGAAUGACGCUCCCCCCAUAGACAUUUUCGAGUUGGCUGGUGCGUUGUUCUCACCGACAAAGCCUGUCGCUACUGGGGCUCCAGGUGAACACAGAGUCGACUGGACCCAAAGCGAUGAGGUAAAGGCCAUGAAAGCCAUUAACACUCCGCAACAGUCGCAACCUAAGUUGCGGAAACUAGAAUCCAGGUGGAUUCUACGGGGUCGUUUGGGAAGCUUCGGACGACAUUCCAAAGAUGAUAAACCGCUAUUCCCUACAGAUGAAAAGUCACCUCACAAUCUGUCAUCGAAGUCUCCUAUUAGCGUUUUCUUUUCACGAUUUAAACGCUAG